UCUGGUAUACAUGCAGAGUCCUGUGUAAUUGAUUCACAUGCAGAGUCAUGUGCAUGGUUUAUUUUUCUGGUUCACAUGCAGAGUCGUGUGGUUUAUUUUUCUGGUUCACAUGCAGAGUCGUGUGUACUAUUUGUCUGGUUCACAUGCAGAGUCGUGUGUUCUAAUUUUGAUUCACAUGCAGAGUCGUGUGUACUAACUUUGAUUCACAUGCAGAGUCGUGUGUACUAAUUUUGAUUCACAUGCAGAGUCGUGUGUACUAAUUUUGAUUCACAUGCAGAGUCGUGUGUACUAACUUUGAUUCACAUGCAGAGUCGUGUGUACUAACUUUGAUUCACAUGCAGAGUCGUGUGUACUAAUUUUGAUUCACAUGCAGAGUCGUGUGUAAUAAUUUUGAUUCACAUGCAGAGUCGUGUGUACUUAUUUUGAUUCACAUGCAGAGUCGUGUGUACUAAUUUUGAUUCACAUGCAGAGUCGUGUGUACUAAUUUGAUUCACAUGCAGAGUCGUGUGUACUUAUUUUGAUUCACAUGCAGAGUCGUGUGUACUAAUUUUGACUCACAUGAGAGUCGUGUGUACUAAUUUGAUUCCCAUGCACAGUCGUGUGUACUAAUUUUGAUUCCCAUGCACAGUCGUGUGCAAUAUUUUUUCUGGUUCACGUGCAGAGUCAUGUGCACUAUUUUUCUAGUCAGUAUGCAGAGUCGUGUGGACUAUUUUUUCUGUUUCUCACUCAUGGUCAUGUGGACUAUUACUAAUGCACAUGCAUCGAUUCCAUUUUUAUAUGCUCAUGCAGAUUCAUGCACACAUGCUUUAUGUGUAUUGUUACAUGUAUGUAAGUUUACAUGUGAAUCUAAAGAUAUACACUGUUUUGGCGCAAGUCUUAUAAUUGCAUUUUCCUAUUAAAUGUUUGUGUGUCAAAAAUUGCAAUUAAUCAAAUAAUAAUUAGCUCGUGUGCACCUAUAUCCGCAUGAUUUGAGUGUAAAUUUGUACACUCAAAAGUUGCAUUAAUUGUAUAUGGGGUACAUUUAGAAAAUUGAUUUUAACAGUUUUAAAAUAUCUUGUAGACGUUAAUUACCAUGUCAAAACGCAAACAUCCUGUGGAGACAAGUGAAGGUACUAGAGCAAAACAUAAACCUCAGGCUGAAGCAAUCGAUUACCAAAGACUUGCGCAAGAAAUUGUUAAAUUGCAAAAACCCAACUCUGAUGCAUCAAGCAGUACAGUGGUACCCCUAGAAAAUGCUGCAUCUGCUACAUAUGCAAACACCGUCAAUGAGUUACCUGCACCAACGACUGCUUCUUCGUCUAUGCAAGAUAACCCUAUACUGUCAGGAGUAUCUCAACUUUUAGAAAACACAGGUGAGCCAGUAGGCACAAACAAAGGUUUAUUCAAUUCUGAUAAUCUUAUCUAUGUAACAGAAGGUAUUCCUCUUGGUGCAACAAUUCCACAAAAGAUAAAGGCAAAAAUUUGGUCGAAUGAAUUUUUUAAUUUAAAAGUAUUAUUGUCGCACCAAGAUGAAGAACCUCUUAUGUUGUGCAUUACUCCAGGGGUCAUUAAUGUGCAGCAAAGUUUAAAAUCAAAAACCCCCAUGUUCAUCAGUCAGUGGACUGAUGCCUUUCUUAUCUUUAUUAACAUUAGAAUUCAGAAACACCCAUCAGAAACUCCCCAUUUAUUAAAAUACAUGAGCUUUAUUAGAGAAAUGCAAAGACUGCAUGGGGAUGUUGCUUGGAGAACAUAUGACGAAUCUUUCAGAAAGCUUAGGGAGUCUUUGGCUGUAGAUUGGCAAAAACCUAUUGAAGAAUUAAGAGGUAAAUGUAUUGCCAUGUCCAACAUUUGUAGUGAAAAAUCUUACUAAUAUUAUUGAUUUUGUUGGUUUGAACCCUGCUCUAUACAAGGGUCACAGCUUCAGGAUAGGGGCAGACACUCAUGCAGCACAUUUGGGUUAUUCUGAAAACUGCAUUCAAUAAAUAGGAAGAUGAAAAUCUGAUGCUAUUCGCAGAUACAUAUGUCUGUCAAGCUUUACAUUUUAAAUAUGUAUAACAAAUGCUAUGUAUAUAAAAUUUUCUUGGAAGAUUUUCACAGUUCAGAAGUUAUCUGCUGUGUAUUAUAAUUGUAUCUGAUAUGCAUUGUUUGUGUUUUGAAUUCAAUGUAUAGAUUAGUUGUAUUUCAAAAUUCAGUUCUUAUCACAAUUCCCUAUCAUUUGUCUUCUAUUGGACAUUAUUCAAAGUGUGAUUCAUGUAUACAUUUAUCUAUACUAUGUGCAUGAUGUGGUUACACAUAACAUAACACAGGUCAGAAGUAAACUGAUGUGUUUAUGUCUGCUGUAUAGUUUUUUAACCAUUGUUUCUGUUGUUUGAUUUUGUCAUUUGAGUAACAUGUGCCUACUGGUUCAUCUGAAAAUGUUUGAUUACAUGUAUAUCUGUCUUUAAAACAUGUUUGAUAAUAUAACAAACUUUUAACAUGUAUAUUUUAUAGCAGCUGUUAUAUUAACACAGGGCAGAAGUCAACUGAUGUGUUUAUACUUGCAAGGUUAAAAAUAAGAUGUUCCAAGUGGUAUUAAAAUUUUUAACUGGUUUGGUUAUAGAUAAUCUGUGCCUUCAUGAUAUAUUAAUAUUUAUAUCUCCAUAUAAGGCAGGCGUUAGUCAUUGCCAUAUGUGUUGUAUGUACUGCCAUCUUUCAUAUUGUUGACUACCAUGAUCUGGCUAGUCCACUUUGUGUGGGGUCUUUUGUGCAAACCUGCUGUUUGCUUUUGGUGGCUGUUUUUGGUCAACAAUAUUUUUGUUGCAUGUAUAUUUGGUACAUGUUGAUAAUGUAUACAUCUUUGUUUAAUGUGGGGGAGGUCAUUUGCUCACCUUUUAUAACUUACAUUCAAUGUCUGGUUAUUGAUAUUAUGACUGUUUGAAGACCUCCCCUUAUUGCCUAUUUUUUCUUAUUAGCAAAAAUAAAUGGCAGUACAUACACACAACCAUGUUUUAUAUUUUUCUAUCAAUCCUAGACAGAUCAACAAUAUUACAUAAUACAGCAUUAUUGUAAAUAAUAGCAUUUAUGUAAAUUGUGAUAUGUUAUUUUUAUGCUAGUACCAAAAAUAGUAGUCUAGUUAUAAUAUAAUUGUAAUUCUAAUUUUUGAGUACUUUUGAGUAUUUAGCUGACCUUCCUUUUUGUUUACAUUAACCAAUCAGAGUGCGACAUUUAGUCGCGCGAUGUUUUGACUACGUCACUUUAACUGUCAGCUGUCAACAAGUUUGUAAACACCCGAAGUCAACCCACCCUCCUUCCCCUUCAUCACCUUUGUAGUUGGGGAUUUAUUUUGCAAUGUAUUACACAUGUAUGUUGCUGUUGGUGUGAAAUGCUGUUUUUGGUCAACAAUAUUUUUGUUGCAUGUAUAUUUGGUACAUGUUGAUAAUGUAUACAUCUUUGUUUAAUGUGGGGGAGGUCAUUUGCUCACCUUUUAUAACUUACAUUCAAUGUCUGGUUAUUGAUAUUAUGACUGUUUGAAGACCUCCCCUUAUUGCCUAUUUUUUCUUAUUAGCAAAAAUAAAUGGCAGUACAUACACACAACCAUGUUUUAUAUUUUUCUAUCAAUCCUAGACAGAUCAACAAUAUUACAUAAUACAGCAUUAUUGUAAAUAAUAGCAUUUAUGUAAAUUGUGAUAUGUUAUUUUUAUGCUAGUACCAAAAAUAGUAGUCUAGUUAUAAUAUAAUUGUAAUUCUAAUUUUUGAGUACUUUUGAGUAUUUAGCUGACCUUCCUUUUUGUUUACAUUAACCAAUCAGAGUGCGACAUUUAGUCGCGCGAUGUUUUGACUACGUCACUUUAACUGUCAGCUGUCAACAAGUUUGUAAACACCCGAAGUCAACCCACCCUCCUUCCCCUUCAUCACCUUUGUAGUUGGGGAUUUAUUUUGCAAUGUAUUACACAUGUAUGUUGCUGUUGGUGUGAAAUGCUGUUUUUGGUCAACAAUAUUUUUGUUGCAUGUAUAUUUGGUACAUGUUGAUAAUGUAUACAUCUUUGUUUAAUAUGGGGGAGGUCAUUUGCUCACCUUUUAUAACUUACAUUCAAUGUCUGGUUAUUGAUAUUAUGACUGUUUGAAGACCUCCCCUUAUUGCCUAUUUUUUCUUAUUAGCAAAAAUAAAUGGCAGUACAUACACACAA